AUGCAACGCCCGACGCACCUCACGCCCGCGCCGCUCCUCCCCGUCGCCGAGGGCGGCAUCGGCUGGGGGCCGUUCGGCGGCGCCGUGCCGAGACGCGCGAGCGGCGACCCUCGCGCGGCCGCCAGGGCGUCCUCGCACGACGUCAUCGUCUUCACCGCGUGCGUCGCGCUCGUCCUCUUCCUCGUCCUCGGCGUCGCCGUCGGCGGCGCGCCGCGCGACGUCGACGUCUCCUCCGCGUCGGCGCCGCGCGAGUAUCGCGCCGGCGGGGGUCGGAAGCUGACGCAGUUCCUCGCGCCGGUGUGGUACGCGCUCCCGGGGCUGCGCGACUCGCUGUACAACCUGGUGAGGCGGAAGCGCGCGCUCGUAUCACACGCACUAUCUCUUCGACGACCGUACCCCGAGGGCGAGGCGUGGACGGACUUCACGAUGACACCGUACGAGUACCAGCUCGCGGAAGACCUGAACGCGCUCGCCGCGGAGGAGGCUGCGAACGAGCGCGAGAUGGCGGAGCUGCGAGCCGCCGUCGCCGACGCGGCGAGCGCCGGCGGCGGCGGCUACGAGUACGACACGUACUCCCCCGGGGACGACGUCGACGUCGCGCCAGCCGCGGCGAUGGCUCCCUCGGCCGAAGAGGUAGAAGAGAAGGAGUAA